AUGCAUCUCAAAUCCUCCAUCGCACCACCAACUUUUCUCUUGCUCUCCUUCCUUCUAUUCUCUUCUGCCACUGCCUUCAACAUCACCCAACUCCUUGCCCAAUACUCAGAUUUCAGCACCUUCAAUGGCUACCUCUCUGACACCCAAUUGGCAGCUGAUAUUAAUAAGCGACAAAGCAUCACUAUCCUUGCUGUUGACAAUGGCGGCCUGUCUCCACUUUCCGGAAAACCCAAGGAUGUGAUCAAGAAGGUUGUUAGCUUACAUGUGGUGCUUGACUACUUUGAUAUCCCAAAGCUCCAGAAACUACCCAACAACACUGCGACUCUCCCUACACUUUUCCAGGCCAGUGGUGAAUCUACUGGGCAACAAGGCUUCUUGAAUGUCACCCAUUUGAGCACAGGAGUUGUAUUUGGUUCAGCUGUUCAUGGUACCACGCUUGGUGCUAAUUUGGUCAAGUCCAUUGCUUCUCAGCCAUACAACAUAUCGGUGUUGCAGAUCAGUACUGUGAUAAUUCCUUCAGGCUUGGAUAACUCAAGUACAUCUCCUUCACCCUCACCUCCACCGCGUCCUCCGCCGCCUUCAUCUGCACCUGCACCCGAACCUUCCCCGAAUAAUAAGUCCCUGGCACCGGCCCCUACUCCAGCAAAGACCCCAUCUCCACCCCCACCAGGUAAGGCUACUCCCCCAUCUCCACCCCCACCAGUUAAGGCUACUCCCCCAUCUCCCACAAAGCCAAUGCCUAGUAGGCCACCUCUGGGCCCUGUGCCUGCCAAGGCCCCAGCCAUCCCUGGCAGGCCAAUUGCAGAUGGUCCGACCCCAGUUGGUAGUCCACGAGGUUCUCCACCAAGUGAUGAUGAUUCAAGCGCGCCUGCCACAGUUGGAAUUCACCUUGCCGUUGUCAUUAUGCUUGUAUCCUCUCUCUUGUCAUUUACUUGA